AUGUGGGCCAACUUUUACAACCAAGAAAAUUCACUGCUGAGCUCAGCAAAUGCCCAGAGAAGCUCACUGCAACAACAAGUGACUGACCUCAGUUCCCAGUUGACUUCUGUGACUAAACAGAGAGACGCAUUACAGACUGGGCCUCAAAAUGAGAGAUGGCAAUCUUUCAAUGGACACCUUUAUUACCUCUCAACAACCACUGCAGACUGGCAGACCAGUAGAGACGACUGUUUGUCAAAGGGAGCAGACCUGCUGAUCAUCAAUGACGCUGCUGAAAACAAUUACGCCGGAGGAUUUAACCGCAAAGUCUGGAUUGGGCUGUACAAAGCAGGAGACACCUGGACAUGGGUGAAUGGAAUACGCCUAGACUUUGAUCCUUGUGUCAACUAUUGGGCUAAAGGAGAACCUAACAAUGUUGGGAACCAGGAAGAUCGAGCGGAACUACUGUUCUUUGACAAGAUUGACAGCUUUGAUAAUGUCGAUAGGGGUCACCUUGGCAACUGCUUAGAAUUUUUCGGACGUUCCGAAAAAGUCAACAGCUGGAAUGAUGCACCAGGGUCCAAAAGUAACUACUGGAUCUGUGAAAAGGAAGUUGUUUAGUGGAAACACUGAGAACUUCAGUAACUAAAGCUUGAUAUUUGCUGAGGUUAAAACCUUGAUGCAGAUCAUCUGCUGUCCUUUCUGCUUCACUUUUCAGACAUAAUGAAAACAUAUUAAUCUGUGGGUAUAAUGGGGUUGAAUAAGGAAUUUAAUCUUUUACUGCUACUACAUUAUGGAAGCGAUUCUG